AUGGCCUCCUCCAAGAGCAUUCUGCCAGCUGGUGACCUUCAAUCAUUCACUGAAUAUUUAAAGGGCUGCAAACGCAUCGUUGCUCUUCUUGGAGCUGGGAUCUCAGCAUCAUCCGGCCUACCCACCUUUCGUGGGGCAGGUGGACUCUGGCGUGCCCACGAUGCAACCUCCCUCGCGACUCCAGAAGCUUUCGAAGAGUCUCCCGGUCUCGUCUGGCAGUUCUACAGUUACCGGCGACACAUGGCCUUGCAGGCUGACCCCAACAAAGCACACUACGCCUUGGCGGAGCUAUCACGAAGGAAUGAAGACUUCAUCACAUUGAGCCAAAAUGUUGACGGUCUAUCCCAGCGAGCGAGCCAUCCUUCGAAGCAGCUGCAUCUUCUUCAUGGCACUCUGUUCAAUGUGAAAUGCACAAAUUUCUACUGCACCUAUAACGAAGACAACUACACCGACCCCAUCGUUCCCGCCCUCGAGAUCCCCAAAAAGAGUUCAAGCCUUAACCCUUCUGCGACUGAUAAGACUGGCGAGGAAGCAUCGAAAGCGAUCGCAGAAGCGCUGGAAGGCACAACCAACGAGGUCGACAUAUCCGAUCCCAGCAAUCCUAUCGCCACAGUGCCCACAGAGGAUCUACCUCAAUGCCCGAGUUGCAAAGAUGGCCUGCUCCGACCGGGAGUCGUAUGGUUCGGAGAACCCCUACCGGAGAAAACACUCAAAGCUGUGGAUCAGUGGAUCGCAGCGGGUCCAAUUGACCUGUGCUUGGUCAUUGGCACCAGCGCGCGGGUCUGGCCAGCGGCGGGGUAUGUCCACGAGGCUCGUUCGCAGGGCGCCCGAGUUGCAGUGUGUAAUAUGGACCCCAAGGAUACACCUGGUGAACUUCAUGACGGUGACUGGUUCUUCCAGGGAGAUGCGGGUGUUGUUGUUCCUGAGAUACUCAAGGGUGUUAUUGGUGAAAUCUGA